AUGGGUAAAGCUAAUAAUAAGGCUAUUCUGAGCGUCGAUAGAGAGGCGAUAGCGAGAAAGAGGAGGGAGAAGUCUAAGCAGGUGGAUGAGCUAGUCUUUGACGAGGAAAAGCGGAGGGACUACCUCACUGGCUUCCGCAAGAGAAAGCAGAAGAGGAUAGCAGACAGGAGAGAGAAGGCAGUAGCGAGGGACAAGGAGGCGAAGAAGCAGGAAACGAAGGAGGUGGGUGUCUAA